UAGGCAUAGCAUUGGCUUGCCACAAGAAAAAAAACAAGUUAAGGGUGAUAUCCUCUCUUGCAAACAUCACUUGGUUUGGUUAUUAAAAUGAGUCAAGUUUUUAGUGAUGAUGCUGUGUCAAGGGCCAUGGAAGAAAUAAAGAGCAAUCCUUCAUCACGUGGACACGGUGGUGCUAUUCUUCCACAUAUGCACAAAGUUUCAGGUCCUCCUAAGCAGACACUUUUCCAAGAUUUCAAACACAGUUUCAAUGAAACUUUCUUCUCAGAUGACCCUUUUGCCAAGUUUAAAGACCAAACAAAGAAAAGAAAGUUUGUUCUUGGACUCCAAUCUGUUUUCCCUAUUUUGGAAUGGGGAAGAGGUUACAAUCUUAAAAGUUUCAAGGGUGAUUUGAUUUCUGGACUCACCAUUGCAAGUCUUUGCAUUCCUCAGGAUAUUGCAUAUGCAAAGCUUGCAAAUUUGGAACCUCAGUAUGCACUAUAUACAAGUUUUGUUGCUCCUCUUGUGUAUGCUUUCAUGGGAAGUUCAAGAGAUAUUGCCAUAGGACCAGUAGCUGUGGUGUCUCUCUUGCUUGGAAGUCUGCUUUCAGAGGAGAUCAGUGACUUCAAAAGUCCUGAAUACCUUGCUCUUGCUUUUACUUCCACUUUCUUUGCAGGAGUCGUUCAAAUGGCACUUGGAGUUUUAAGGCUUGGUUUCUUGAUUGACUUCCUAUCUCAUGCUGCCAUUGUUGGAUUCAUGGGUGGAGCUGCCAUUACUAUUGCACUCCAACAACUUAAAGGUCUUCUUGGUAUAAAAAAAUUCACCAAGAAAACUGAUAUUGUUUCUGUCAUGACAUCGGUUUUUAAGGCAGCCCACCAUGGGUGGAAUUGGCAGACAAUAAUAAUUGGACUAUCAUUCUUGGUCUUCCUUUUUAUAACAAAAUAUAUUGCUAAGAAGAAUAAGAAACUCUUUUGGGUGUCUGCAAUGUCUCCUAUGAUUUGUGUUAUAGCGUCUACUCUUUCUGUUUACAUUACAAGGGCAGACAAGGAUGGAGUAGCAAUUGUGAGACAUAUUGAGAAGGGUGUGAAUCCAUUAUCUAUUAAUAAAUUAAUUUUCAGUGGAAAAUAUUUUAGUGCUGCUAUUCGGAUUGGUUUGAUUUCUGGUAUGGUCGCACUCACGGAAGCUGUGGCUAUUGGAAGAACAUUUGCUGCUAUGAAAGACUAUUCACUAGAUGGUAACAGAGAAAUGGUGGCACUAGGAACAAUGAACGUUGUUGGUUCUUUGACAUCUUGCUACGUGGCUACAGGAUCAUUUUCUCGCUCAGCUGUGAACUAUAUGGCUGGUUGUAAAACUGCUGUAUCAAACAUAGUUAUGGCCACAGUGUUGCUGUUAACUCUGUUAGUGAUUACACCACUAUUCAAGUACACUCCAAAUGCAGUGCUUGCCUCAAUUAUUAUAGCUGCCGUGAUGAGCCUGAUCGACUAUGAAGCAGCCAUUCUUCUGUGGAAGAUUGACAAAUUUGAUUUUCUAGCUUGCAUGGGAGCCUUCUUUGGUGUCAUCUUCAAAAGUGUUGAAGUUGGCCUUGUGAUUGCGGUGGCAAUAUCUUUUGCCAAAAUUCUUUUACAAGUGACAAGGCCAAAGACUGCAGUACUAGGGAAGCUUCCAGGGACAACUGUUUAUAGGAACAUCCUGCAAUAUCCUAAAGCAGCACAGAUUCCAGGCAUGUUGAUUGUCAGGGUUGAUUCUGCAAUCUAUUUCUCGAACUCCAACUACAUCAAGGACAGAAUAUUGAAGUGGCUGACUGAUGAAGAGAUUCUAAGGACAUCAAGUGAAUAUCCAAGUAUACAACAUCUCAUUGUCGAAAUGUCACCUGUUACUGAUAUUGACACUAGUGGCAUCCAUUCCUUUGAAGAUUUACUUAAGAGCCUCAAGAAAAGAGAUAUCCAGCUUCUCUUGGCAAACCCGGGACCAAUUGUAAUCGAGAAACUGCAUGCAUCGAAAUUAUCAGACUUAAUCGGGGAAGAUAAAAUAUUUCUAACUGUAGGUGAUGCUGUUGCAACUUUUGGUCCAAAGGGGUUAGAUUUAUGAAGAACACAACAUAAUAACCAUUCCAACUGAAGUGUGUAUUUAAAUAAAAUAUAAAGAAAAGGGUGUGUGAAACUAUUAAGGGAGCUCUUAGGAACAAUGAAGGGGCACGUUGAUUUGUUUUCUUUAGUUUUGUUUAUUCUCAUUGAUUUCUAGUUCCAGUUGAUGUGAUGUAUAGUCAUAAGGAAAGAAAUACAUGUUUUUUAUGUUGAUUAUACUACUAUGGUCUUGGAUAUAAGCAAAAAAAACUUGUAAAAGAAUAUAGCUGAUAUAUUUGGUCUAAAUAUUGAACUAAAUACAUCAACUUUGUUUAAUCAAUUUUUGCUUAUAUUUAAGACUGGAGAAAGUAAUAUUAUAAUUUAUACCUCUUGUUUAUCUUAUAGUGUGGAAUCUAAUGAUAAUGAUAAUA